AAACGCGGCGCUUCUGAUGGUUCGUGUGAAAAUUGUAGAGAGCAGCAGCAGCAACAGCAGCAAUCUGACUUUGACCCUGAACCUUGAAACUUUACAACUAUUUAGCGGCGCUGUUCUGUAAACUCUAACAAGAUCAAUGGAAUUUGAAGCAAUCAAGGUUUUAAAACUCGUGUGAAAACAAAUUGAGGCGAGCAAACAUGGACGCGACGACUGCGCCUGUCUGCCUGGCGGCGUUGGCCGUUAUUCUCUGCGCCGUCCUCGCGUGGAGGUCGGCGAAGAAGCAGUCGCGCGUCGCGGCGCUGGUGAACAAGUUGCCCGGGCCUCCCGCCUACCCGAUAAUCGGCACCGUCCUCGACAUCAUCAUGAUACCUAGAGAGAAUUUGAUGGAGGAAGUGUUGGCUCGCCAAAAGAGGUACCUACCAAUAUUCCGCACCUGGCUUGGAUCUCACCCUGGAAUCAAUAUAUGUCUUCCUGAACAUCUCGAGGUAAUAAUGAGCAGUUCCAAACAUCUGGAAAAAGGGUCCAUAUACAAGUUGUUACAUCCUUGGUUGGGAACAGGACUCCUAACAAGUUCUGGGUUGAAAUGGCACAGCCACAGGAAGCUGUUGACUCCUGCAUUCCACUUUGCUAUUCUCCAUAAUUUCGUGGAGGUUUUCUGCGAGAAGAGCCGCAUCCUGGUGGACAAGCUGAGAGCUCGCGCGGGAGGCGGGGGCUUCGACGUGUACCCCUACAUCACCAGGUGCACCCUGGACAUCAUCUGCGAGACAACAAUGGGGACGAAGGUUUAUGCUCAGGAUGUUGGUCGAUCUAAAUACGUUGAAGCAGUUUAUGGUGUUGCAGAAGAAUUGACAUAUCGAUUCUUGCGACCUUGGCUGCAUUUUGACUUCAUUUACAUGAAAACUCAGAGAGGCCGGAAAUUCAGAAACUAUCUGAAAGUUCUACAUAACUUCACAAGGAAGAUAAUUGAAGAAAGAAAGUCAUAUAUUGCAACAAAUGCAGCUGCCUUCAAGGAAAAUAGUAUGAGUGACUCUAAAAUAGGAACAAAAAAGCGUAUUGCCUUCCUUGAUCUGUUAUUGCAAUCUUCAAUGUCUGAUAACCAUCUUACCGAUGAAGAAAUUCGGGAAGAAGUCGAUACGUUCAUGUUUGAAGGUCAUGAUACGACAGCAUCUGCUAUAAGCUGGUGUUUAUUUCUUCUAGGACUACAUCCCGAUGUUCAGGCACUUGCUUACGAAGAGCAAGAGAAGAUUUUCCAGGGGUCAGAUCGUCCCGCCACGAUGCAGAACCUACAGGACAUGAAGUACUUGGAGCGGGUAAUCAAAGAGACGCUCCGGCUUUAUCCCAGCGUUCAUUUUAUUGCACGAUUGCUCCAGAGCGACGUGAAGCUAGGGGAGCAUCUCAUUCCAGCAGGCUGUCAGAUCAAUGUCAUGAUAUACCAAGCUCAUCGUAACCCUCAACAGUUUCCCGAUCCUGAGAGAUUCGACCCUGACAACUUCCUGCCAGAAAGAGUUCAGACGAGGCAUCCAUACGCUUACAUCCCAUUCAGUGCGGGUCCUAGGAACUGUAUAGGUCAGAGAUUUGCAUUGCUCGAAGAGAAAGUGGUACUGUCAUCCCUGCUACGUAACUUCAAAGUGCGUUCGCUUGAAGCGAGAAGCAAUAAAAUGCUGAGUGGUGAACUGAUACUCCGACCUGCCCACGGCAUACAAGUCUCACUGACGUUACGGAGCCCUAGCUGAUAAAACUGCCUUUAUAGAGCAUUUCACAAAAUUCUCCUUCAAAUAUUAACUUUAUACUGUGUAACAGAUACUUAUUUUUAGACUCAAUGUGAUAUUAUUAACAAAAAAAUUCAAAGCUAUUUUAUUGAAUAGGGAUACUGGAUGUUCUGAAGCUACCUUCAGCCAUCACCUGAAAAACCUAACUGUUAACUAUCACUCCUUCCAGAUUUUUAUUUUAUUUUUUAAAUCCUUAAUGGUCAGAAACAUUAAUGAAAAUCAUCAAACAAAGAUGGCUCUUAAAAAGCAAUUGUAAAAAAAAAUUAAAAAUUAUUUUAUUAUUUAGGCACUGUUAAAAAAAUUACAAUUAAACUUUCUGUCAUAUGUUUUGGUUACAAAAACAAAACAAUCUGCAGUAAAUAAAAUGUGCAUUAAUCUUCACUGUUAUUUAACUACCUGAUUUCCUGGGCAAUACAACCCAAAACUAAAAAUAAAAAUGCUAACUUUACAAUUGCAAGAGCUAUUGCCAAAAAAUAAUAAUUUUCAGCCUAAGCACUAAAGCGUUAUUUCACCACAUUAAAAUCGUAGCUCCAGAGAAAUUCUUCUUGAUUCUAAGAGAGUGGACCCUGUUAAUACCAGUGCUGUCGGCCGGGGUCACGGGUUCGAGUCCCGCGGCGAGUCUAAGGGGCUGGUGGUGUUUUAUGGUGUGUUUUUCCAGGAGGACGCCAGGUUAGCUCGUACAUCUAACCAAUGGGGUGGGUCGAACAGCCCCAGCGUGCUUCCCUAGACUCGGUGGCUGUAUCUUAAGGGGGUAUUAACUGCUAGUAGACAAUGGUUACACUCCCUGUUCAGCAUAAGGUGGCUGGUGCCUAACUACAGAUAUAAUACACGCACUGGAACUGAAAACAUGUGGUACACGUAUUUAUUAACGGAGAUAUUUGGGUACACGAUAUUGCACAACACUACUCUUGGUUGAUAAUUUGGACAUAAUUGAUACAUGAUAUUACACUACACUACUCUUGAUUAAUUAUGAUUGUCUCUCCCUAAGGCAGUCUGUUAGAGGGGGGAGUUCGUUGGUUGUCCUGAAGUCGGCCAGGUCCGUAAAGUGACUGACCUUAAGGCAGCCCUGUGGCCCGUGGCCUUAAGGCAGGAAUUACGACGGCCGGGUUAAGCCCUGCACCGUAAAAACCGACCCGGGGUUGCGUGGGGAAUUGACGUUACAAAGGAUUUGAUUCAUGACUAUAUUUACCAGAGUGAAGAAUCGAUGAUUUACUAAAUUUAAGGUUCCCCACGGAACGAACACACGAACACAUCCACCCCGGGCCACGAGCUGAUCUAGACUGCCGGAGGGGGCUGUUGCGCGGGGGGGGGAGGAACCGUUCCGCCGCGCGCCAAACCACGAGUGAAGAAAAGAAAUUACCAUUAUUCGGUUUUUAAUUGAAAACUUACUUGUUAAUUGUACAUGACCCUUGUUUGAAUAUUAAUGCUGACAUUAAAUGUAUUAUGAAAUAUUGAUUAAAGCUUUAGUUUAAGAAAUUGAACAAAUAUUAUUUAAAAAGAUGAGUUAACUUAAAGACUACUGACUAGUUGGUAAAAACCACCGUUUAUGUUUAUGUUUGUGGGUUUGUUCUGGAUAUUGCUUCAGCACCUUGUUUCUUACUUAAAUUAAGGCUCUAGGCCACGAUGAAAAUUAAGGGCGUUCAUUAAACACUGUGUCCGGAGGGGGCUAACACUCGUGCUCUAUGAUGCACAUUUCUUAGCACGCGUUAAUUUAAGGGGAUGGCUUGAAAAGCUUACUCCGUGAAUUAUUAUCGGUUGUUUGCAACAGGUGCAGUUCCGUGACAAAAUUUAUACACUGGGAGUACUUGCGUAUCUACUCCGCGUUUGACCCGGGUUGAGUUUGCGAGGGGAGAGUUCUACCAGCGGGAGCCAAUAAUACUGGCGGGUCGAGGCCGGGUUUAAUGGCCUCCGGUCGGUACGACGUCAAAUUUCCAGGGCAAUACAACCCAAAACUAAAAAUAAAAAUGCUAAAUUUUCAAUUGCAAAGAUAAUAAUUUUCAGCGUAAGCACUAAAGCGUUAUUUCACCACUUUAAAAUCGUAGCACCAGAGAAAUUCUUCUUGAUUUUAAGAGAGUGGACCCUGUUAAUACCAGAUUCAUAAUCAAGAAAUGACUAUUAAAAUUCCAGACUUUUCCUGACCAAAAUUGGAACUGAACUGUGUGCCUGUGUUCAAAAGUUACAGUAUCAGUUUAGAACGUGUGUGGUGUUUGUACUUCUGGUACAGGAGCACUACAAUAAAACUAGCUACAAACAAAAA